CAUGGCGGAGGCUGGCGGCGGGGGCGGGGCCUGCGGACGCUGGGAGCCCGACGCUGGGCCGGCCACCGCCUCCUCCCUGCCUCUGCCCACGGCCCGCCCUCCCCUCGCUCCACUCUCCGGGACAGCCGCGGCCGAAGCAUCCCCUGGGGUCGGACGGGAGCCGAGCCCAUGGCCGCCGUGCUAUCCUACGAGAGCCUGGUCCACGCCGUGGCCGGCGCCGUGGGAAGCGUGACCGCCAUGACGGUGUUUUUCCCUUUGGACACCGCCAGGCUUCGACUUCAGGUUGAUGAGAAGCGGAAAUCCAAGACAACGCACACAGUGCUGAUGGAGAUCAUUAAAGAGGAAGGCCUCCUGGCACCAUACAGAGGCUGGUUUCCAGUUAUCUCCAGUCUUUGCUGCUCCAAUUUUGUCUAUUUCUACACUUUUAAUAGCCUCAAAGCUGUCUGGGUAAAAGGUCAACAUUCUACAACAGGAAAGGACCUGGUGGUUGGAUUUGUUGCAGGUGUGGUGAAUGUGCUCCUGACCACGCCUCUGUGGGUGGUGAACACACGGCUGAAACUGCAGGGGGCCAAGUUCAGAAAUGAAGACAUCGUGCCCACCAACUACAAGGGCAUCUUAGAUGCUUUCCACCAAAUUGUGCGAGACGAAGGGAUCCCGGCUCUGUGGAACGGCACACUUCCCUCCCUCCUGCUGGUCUUCAAUCCGGCCAUCCAGUUCAUGUUCUACGAAGGGCUCAAGAGGCAGAUCUUGAAGAGACGAGUGCAGCUUUCUUCUUUGGACGUGUUUGUCAUUGGGGCCAUUGCUAAGGCCAUCGCCACCACAGUCACCUACCCGAUGCAGACUGUGCAGUCCAUUCUGAGGUUUGGACGUCACAGGCUGAACCCUGAAAACAGAACAUUAGGAAGCCUUCGGAAUGUUCUUUACCUUCUUCACCAGCGACUGAGGCGUUUUGGAGUCAUGGGACUUUACAAAGGCUUGGAGGCCAAGCUGCUGCAGACCGUGCUCACGGCUGCCCUCAUGUUUCUAGUUUAUGAGAAGCUGACCGCUGCCACCUUCACGGUCAUGGGACUGAAGAGUGGGCGCAGGCGCUGAGAGGGAGCCUGGCAGUGGAAGGGGACAGGAGGAAGGUCGAGGUUGGGGGCUCCGCCUCCAACAACGGGGAGUUGGAUUAAAAGACCCUCCUCUGACAUCUGCUGCCCUCUAUCACUGGCUCCAGAAGCAGCCAAGGGGACGUGGAGCCUGAGGCCCGCCGAACUGCUACCAACUAUUAUCAGUUGGUUUGAUUUUUGUGGACUGAGGGUCUCUAAGAAAUAGAAUACUAUUAAAAAUCUGCAAAUGAACAUAUUGAUUUCUUACGAGAGUUGGAUGAUUUCUUUAGAGGGGUGACAGUAUGGCCCCCUUGGCUCUAGCCUUUCUUCCUAGUUUCCUCCUUCAAGUUACUGACUCGGCUCACUCCAAGGCCUUGUCACCAGUCUCUGGAACAAGUCCUGUGCCCCUCACCCCAAAAUAACCCAGGACCAUGGCCACAGCCUCUUUCCAUCCCCCUGCCCCUUGCCCUUGAGGGGAUGAGGCUUGAUUGGGCUCUUGUUGAUGCUCUGCUCUGGGUGGUCUUUUUUCUGCCCCAUGGUCAUUCCUCUCAUGCUCCCUGCUCUCCCUAUCCCCCUGAGAACCCUUCCUUGGAGAGAAGACCUGGAUCUGGACCCCAGUCCACGUGGAGGACUCCCAAAUGAGGAGAGUCCUUUUACGAGUGUGGGUCAGCACCCCUGCAGCUGCCUAGAGCACCGGGAAGUGAGUUAGCUUUCUCAGACUCCCACAGCCCACCUGUCAGAGCUGGGACUCGAACCUGGGGCUUCCUGGCUCCAGCUCGUUCUGGCCUAGACCUCAUGGCUCACAUCCAACCAGCACAGCAGCCACAUGUAACAGCAAGUCAGGAGAGCCUUCAGUCCAAGGACUGUGUGUUAUGAGGGUGGAGGAGCCAUCAGAUGGCGCCUAUUGGUAUGGCACUUUAUGAUUUUCCAAUAAAGUCUUAUCAAACA